AUGAAAAGGAAAAACGGAGAAGAAGGUGGUUUAUUCCUACAAACUCUUCGGCGUAGAGUCGAAUCCUAUACAGCAAAUAACUCAUCCGCCGAGGCCGAGGAAAUAGUCAAUCAUCUACGCUCAACUUAUUCUGAUUAUCACCGAACAAAGCGUCAAGAACUGAUUCGAUUAGUUCUUAAGGCUAUUAAGGUCAUCAAUAAGACUAGUCAUAACAACGAUAUCGAUAAUGGUGAAAGCCAUGAUUCUUGUCGAAAGAAAAGUAAGAAAAUAGACAUAGAACAAGAAAAGGAAGAAAUUUUGCCGAUGACAACAACCUCAACCUCGUGUAAUUCUGUUUUGGAUUCUGAUUCCGUGAGAAAGAAAGAGCCCAUGUUUAAGGAUUUAGGUGGGAUGAAAAAUGUAAUUGAAGAAUUGAAAACCAAGAUUUUAUGGCCAAUCUUUAAUCCUAACAUGUUUAAACUUGGAGGGAAACCAAUCGGUGGUGUUUUGUUGCAUGGACUACCUGGUUGUGGCAAGACUAGAUUAGCUCAUGCUAUAGCUAACGAGACCGGUUAUAAUUUCUAUCCAACGUCUGCUACUCAAUUUGUUUCUGGAAUCUCAGGUUCAUCUGAAGAAAAUAUCAGAGAGCUUUUUUCAAAAGCUAAAAGGACUGCCCCGUCAGUUAUCUUUAUUGACGAGAUUGAUGCAAUUGCUUCAAAAAGAGAGAAUUUACAGCGUCAAAUGGAGACACGAAUUGUCACACAGUUAAUGAUAUGUAUGGAUGAAGUUAAUGAUCAUCGUUUUGAGACUUCCGACAAACCUCGAGGUCAUGUUCUUGUAAUUGGAGCAACAAAUAAGCCCAGUGCUAUUGAAUCUGCUCUGAGAAGACCGGGUCGUUUUGAUUCGGAGAUUCUUGUUCCUAUUCCUGAUCAAUCUUCCAGGGAGGAGAUUCUUAACGUGGUCACUCGUCAUCAAAAACAUGAUAAUUCAGUUGAUUUGCAAAAAGUAGCCAUGUCUACGCCAGGAUUUGUUGCUGCUGAUCUGGAAGCUCUAGCCAAUGAAGCCUGCAGUGCGGCAAUGGAUAGGUUACGUAAUGAAACAAAGCAAAAAAGUGACCAGGAUGAAGAUUGGUGGAAGGAACCAUUGCCUCAAGAUAUUUUAGAGAAAUGUGCAAUCACCAUGUCUGAUUUUGAGGAAGCAUCCAAAAAGGUGCAACCUUCCUUAACAAGAGAAGGAUUUGCUCCCAUUCCUGACGUUAAAUGGGAAGAUGUUGGUGCGCUUGAUCAUGUAAGACAGGAGUUUGAUCGCUACAUUAUAAGGCGUAUAAAACAUCCCGAAGAUUUUAAGGGGUUCACGAGGAAUCUUGAAACAGGAUUUUUACUGUUUGGGCCUCCAGGUUGUGGGAAAACACUAAUUGCCAAAGCUGUUGCCAACAAAGCAGGAGCUAAUUUUAUUCAUGUUAAGGGACCUGAGCUUCUAAAUAAAUUUGUUGGAACAAGUGAGCAUGACGUCCGAAAAAUAUUUAGUCGUGCAAGGACAUGUGCACCUUGUAUAAUUUUUUUUGACGAGGUUGAUGCUUUGACAAAGGAGCGUGGUAAAGAAGGUGGUCAGAAUAUUGAAGGAGUGUUGAACCAGUUGCUUAUUGAGUUAGAUGGUGCAGAGAACCGUAAGGGUGUUUUUGUGAUUGGUGCAACAAAUAGGUUUGAUGUUAUAGACCGUGCUAUCUUACGACCUGGUAGAUUUGGUAAACAUCUUUAUGUUCCUCUUCCAAGCCCAGACGACCGCGUAAAAAUAUUGAAAACUCUUGCAAAGGAUUUUAUUAUUGACGCCAGUGUGGAUUUGAAUGUCAUCGGAAGAAUGGAAGGUUGUAAAAACUUUAGUGGUGCUGAUCUUGCUGAAUUGAUGGAAGUAGCAGGGAUGGCUGCUCUCAUCGAGAAAUGGGACUCAAAUGAGGAAACUAGUGGCACCAUCAAGACAUGUCAUUUUGAGGCAGCACUGAGAAAAAUCUCUCCCUCUGUAUCAGUCCCGCAAAGGCAGUACUAUCAACACAUUUCAAAGAGCCUUAAAUUCAAAUGA